UCCAGGUCAGACGGUGGCGGUAGAGCUCUCGGUAAUUCCACACGCUGCCAAAAGAAGAAGGGCUCUCUUGUCGCUUGUGACUGACGUCACUGCAUUUCACGUGUGGACGGUUUGAUCCCGAGCAACUUGUUUAUAAACUAAAAUUACUCACAAUCACAUUAUUUAUCGACUGACAAGCAGAGCGAAGCAUGGCCUCCAGCUGUCGGCGACCCGAACACUCAGCUCCUCCAGAUGUGUUCUACAAUGAAGAGGAGGCAAAGAAGUACUCCCAGAACUCUCGAAUGAUUGAGAUCCAGACCCAGAUGUCAGAGAGAGCCGUGGAGCUUUUAAGCCUACCAGAGGGUCAGCCCUGCUUCCUGUUAGAUGUCGGGUGUGGCUCUGGUCUCAGCGGAGAUUACCUGUCAGAGGAGGGACACUACUGGAUUGGAGUCGACAUCAGCACUGCAAUGCUGGAUGUUGCACUGGACAGAGAAGUAGAAGGAGACCUCAUACUGGGGGACAUGGGCCACGGGAUGCCUUUCAAACCCGGUACUUUUGACGGUUGCAUCAGUAUCUCAGCCCUGCAGUGGCUUUGUAAUGCAGACAAAAGGACACACAGUCCGCCAAAGAGACUCUACACCUUCUUUAGUACACUGUACUCAUGUUUGUCAAGAGGCUCACGUGCAGUUUUUCAGCUUUAUCCUGAGAACUCAGAACAGCUUGAGCUGAUAACAACACAGGCCAUGAGGGCAGGCUUCAGUGGAGGCAUGGUGGUGGAUUACCCCAACAGUGCAAAGGCAAAAAAGUUCUUCUUGUGUCUGUUUGCCGGGGUAACAGGAGUUCUUCCCAAAGGAUUGGGAUCAGAAACUUCAGACAAAACUGUUCCAAACCAGGUUCAGUACUCAGGACAAAGAUGUCGUUUCAAAAACAUGAAGGGGAAAUCGGUGAAGAAGGGACGGGAUUGGAUCCUGGAGAAGAAGGAGAGGAGGAGGAGACAGGGACGGGAGGUUCGAGGCGACACUAAAUACACUGGACGUAAGAGAAGACCUCAUUUCUAGCUGUGACUCAUGCAGCUGCGCCUUCAUUAGCCCUCUCCUGUGUUAUGCACCCCCUCCACACACACACACACACACACACACACAAACACACCUUUGGAGUUGCAGAGUGUUUGGACUCAGAUUUAUUUUUCAACUCUUUAUUUCAAGUGGAUGUGAUGCAAGAGCAAAACGCAAUUACAGCCAGUCGUUUUUAUAUUUGCUCAAGUGUUCCUGACCAAAAGCAGUGAGAUUCCACUCUCCAUGUUCAGUUUGGCUAGAAGUGCAUGAACAGAUGUGUGUACUCACAACUGGUGGCAAAAACUGUGAAAAAAGAGCAAUAACAGUAUAAAUAAAAACAAUUUUAUAAAUGG